CCGGAUUUUCUUGGCAAAGGCGCGAUGUCGGGAGACGGUGCAGAGAAACGCGUAGUGUUAGCUUAUAGCGGCGGCUUGGACACUUCUUGCAUUCUCGUAUGGCUAAAGGAGAAAGGUUUCCAAGUGAUCUGCUACAUGGCUAACAUUGGACAGGAUGAAGACAUGGAGGCGGCACGAUCUAAAGCCGAAACGUUGGGAGCUGAAAAGGUCUACAUCGAGGACAUUCGCGAGGAGUUCGUGACAGAGUUUAUCUUUCCGGCCGUUCAGGCUAACGCGUUGUAUGAAGACCGAUAUCAACUGGGCACAGCUAUUGCAAGGCCGUGCAUUGCGAAGAAACAAAUUGAAAUAGCAAUGAAAGAGAAGGCUAACUAUGUUGCUCAUGGUGCCACUGGAAAGGGAAAUGACCAGGUUCGCUUUGAAUUGACUUUCUACUCUUUGUGUCCAAGUAUCAAGAUCAUUGCACCAUGGAGAAUGCCCGAGUUCUUCACUCGGUUUCAAGGCAGAAAAGAUCUGUUUGAGUAUGCUAAGACUCGAAAUAUUCCUCUACCUGUGACUCUUGACAGCCCAUGGAGUAUGGAUGCCAAUUUGAUGCAUGUCAGCUAUGAGUCCGGUGUACUUGAAAAUCCAGCUUCUUCUCCACCUGAUGAUCUCUUCACAGUGACAACAGACCCUAUGAAAGCACCAGAAAAGCCAGAACAACUAAAGAUUGAAUUCAAGGAAGGUGUACCUGUGAAGGUGACCAAUCUUGAUGAUAAAACUGAGAAAUCUAAACCUCUGGAUUUAUACUCAUACCUCAAUGAAGUGGGUGCCCGUCAUGGUGUUGGUCGCAUUGACAUUGUUGAAAACCGUUUCAUUGGCAUGAAAUCUCGAGGCGUGUAUGAAACACCAGGAGGUUACAUCUUGCUAUUGGCUCAUCUUGAUAUUGAGACCUUGACGAUGGAUAAAGAAGUGAGGAGAAUUAAACAAGGACUGGCCAUCAAAUUUUCGGAGCAGAUUUAUCAAGGUUUUUGGUUUAGUCCGGAAUGUGAAUUCACCAGAUCUUGUAUAAACAAAAGCCAGGAAAACGUCGAAGGAGUUGUAACACUCUCCAUAUUCAAAGGUCACGUUUAUGUCAAAGCCAGAGAGUCUGUACUGUCUCUGUACAACCAAGAGCUUGUCAGCAUGGAUGUGAAAGGAGAGUAUGAUCCUCAAGACUCUGGUGGAUUUAUCAAAGUCAAUGCAUUGAGGCUCAAAGAAUUCCAUAGACUCCGCUUGGCCAAAGAAGCUGCUGCUGUUUCCGCUGCCAAAUGACACUCAAUCGGAUACAAAUUUGACAGCCAAAUGUUUUAGUCUCUUCAUUAAUUAGGCUACAAUUCCAUGUGACAAUUCUAUGUGAAACGAUGAUUGUUCAAUGUAAUCAGAUGUCUUA